AAGAUGAUUUGUUUUCUGUUUUUGACACCGACUGAAAUGGCGGAAAAUCAAAAUCUAUGGCAUUCCCACACAUAUGCGUUGAGUAUGUUUAAAGGCGAAAUUGUACAAAGCAAAGUGGAAAUUUGUGAAAAUGAAGAAAAAUGACGAAAAUGAAUAAUUCGUUUGAGUUGCGUUGAAAUCGGGUGGCUGUUGGGGACAAUCACGAAAUAUGCGGUGACCAGUUGCAUGCGGAAAGGCUGUGCGAGACAUGGCAUUUGUCUACGAAAUGAGAUUUGUGCGAUUUUAAGAGUGAAACGUUGUGGCCGUAAUCGAAGUGAAAUUUCAAUUCGAAUUUGAGGAAUUUUAGGAAUUUUCAAGUGCAAAAUGCCGGCAAGAAAGCAAAAAAACAAAAAGAAACAUAAUCAUCAGCAGCAACAACAACAACAACAGAAACCAAAAGAACAAUCCAGCGUUGCAGAUUCUCCAGCAAUUGUGGAUAACCAAUUUGAGUGCCGCGAUUUGCCAACCAAGCAGAUUCCUUAUAGAAUUGAAAAAUCAUCGAUAUUGGGUCGCUACUUGGUGGCGAAUCGCGACUUAAAUGCCGGUGAAUUGCUCAUUACAGAGGCGCCUUUGGCAAUAGGUCCUUGUGUUUCAGCCGAUGCAGUGUGCUUGGGUUGCUAUAUGCCCGUGGAGCUGCAAUCAUCCCAAUACCGUUGCGCGGGUUGCAAAUGGCCCAUGUGCGGACCGCAAUGCCGUGGCCUACAUCAACCCACCGGCCAUACAGUCCAGGAAUGCGAGUUACUAUGCAAACACAAUAUCGGUACAGCACUUAGCGCCGCCUAUGGCCAAGUCGAUAUGGUGAAGAACUACUAUGAGCUCAUACUAAUUGCGCGCAUUUUGCUCUACAAGCAAACGGCACCGGACAAAUAUGCCGACAUAUUACAAAUGGAAUCUCACACCGAGCUACGCAAAGGUAAUAGCGAAUUGUGGCAACACUAUGAGGAAAAUGUGGUGCAGCGGUUGCAACGCGACUGGGGCAUGAGCGCAGUGAGCGCCGCUGAUAUACAUACCAUUUGUGGUAUUUUGGAUGUGAAUUGUUUCGAAAUCGGACAGAAUUCGGCAAAGGCGCGCAGUCUGUACAAGAGCGCAUUUUUGCUGGCGCACGAUUGUUGCCCCAACACCGCACAUACCGACGAUCCGCAAACGUAUGCGAUAAUUUUGCGUACAUCACGGCCCAUACGAAAGGAUGAAGGCAUUACAUUGAGCUAUGCGUACACGCUGCAGGGUACCUUAAAGCGGCGCGAGUUCAUGCAUGCAGGGAAAUUAUUUUGGUGUUGCUGUCAACGUUGCACCGACCCCAAGGAGUUGGGCACGGAUUGCAGUGCAUUGGUAUGCCCGGAUUGCAAAAGCGGAUCAGUGCGAUCAGUUGAACCACUGAAUGAGGCAGCUGAAUGGAAAUGCGAUCAGUGUGACUAUAAGUUACAGGCUAAGGAAAUCGUGAAAUUACUAGAUGUAAUUAAUAUGAAUUUGGAGUCUAUAGAUGCCCAUAACAUACCCGGAUUGGAAGCUUUCCUGAAGAAGUACGAGCGUGUGCUUGGACCCAAUCACUAUUUACUCCUCUCCGCCAAGUAUUCACUCUGCCAAAUCUAUGGCCGUACCGAAGGCUAUCUGCUGAACAUAAUGCCACUGAAAGAUUUGGAGAAAAAGGAAAAUUAUUGUCGCGAUUUUUUGCGUAUAAUCGACAUUUUAGAACCGGGACUAACACGAUUGAGGGGUCUCAUUUUGUAUGAGCUGCAUGGUGCCAUAAUGAUGCGUUCACAGCGUCUGAUGGUCGCUAAUGAAAUAAGUGAGGCGGCUUUCAAGCGCAAUAUUAAGGAAGUUAUCAAAUGUUUGCAAGAGAGUCGAGAUAUUCUGCAAUUGGAGCCGUUGGGAUCGAAUGAGUAUGAAAUGGGUGCAGCUGCGGCCAAUGCGUUGAUGCAAAUGGGUGUUCAAUGAAUGUGAUGACUAAAAGGUCUAUUCACGCUCGCCAAUGUAUAUAUGUAUAUAUAUUAAAGUACGCUGUUUUUGAAAUAAUUUCCCUAUCUUCAACUGUUGGCGGGCUUAAUUCUUGUGUGGUGAUGGUGACUAAUACAUCAAACUUGUUUCAUCAGAAAUCAUUAAACCACUACAAGCGCAGAUGCACACACACACACACACACACACACACACACACACGCACAUACACAUCCACACACCAUUAUUCCAUUAUAAGACAGAUCUUUCUCAACAUUUACCUCACCAUUGAAAUGCAUGCAUUCAUAGCUCACUAUUAAAUCGCCAUUUGAAUAACAAAUUUUUGUUAUCAUUAUAAUGAAAGUGUUUCCAUCUUGUCACUUUACAAUAAAAUCAUUUAUUACACUUUUGCUAUUAUGAGUUUCCAUUGUAACAAAUUAUAGUGCGGUAAGUAAGCUUCAUCAGAAUUAGCACUCAAUCAUAAUCCAUCGGGUUUAUUUCAUCAGUAGUAAGUCAUUUAGCAAUUCUUGCAUUUACCAUUGAAAUGACAUUUCUUUUACAAUAUUAUUAUUGCCUGAACAUAAAUCAUUCAUCAUUACAUCCUCUCCACUAAUCACGAAACAGUUAGAACUUAAGUUUUUCAUUUUUUUAUUUCUAAUUUAUCAUUUACGAGUUAUUUUUUAAUGUUUUUCAUUUUUUCUUUUCCAUGCAGCAUUCAUAAUUCAUCAACGACCAUUUUCAUCCCUCAUCACCUUUAUUUAAUUUUUGCCCACUUUCCAUUUUUCUUGCAUUAUUUAUCAUUUACUAUAACAAGUAUCCAUUAUACAUCACCCCUCUUUUAUCACUCAACAUUCAUCACCCAUCAAUCAUCAUCCAUACAUCAUCUUUCGCCUUUCAUCCUUCAACAUCGCGACAUUCAUCGUUCACUCUUCAUUACCUAUUACUUAUCAUUUUGCAUGCAUCAGUCAACAUUUGUGCAUCAUAUAUCGUUAACCAUUCUCAAAAAUCCUUUAUCAUUUACCACUACGGAUAUGAAUUCAUUGCCCAUCAUUUGCCGUUUACAAUUUACGAUACCUACAUUUUUUACAUUUCUCACUUACACUUUACGAUUUAUCUUUCAUCACUUUAUCAUUUAUCAUUCAUCAUUCAUAAUUCAUCAUUCAUCAUUCAUCAUUCAUCAUUCAUCAUUCAUCAUUCAUCAUUCAUCAUUCAUCGUUCAUCGUUCAUCAUUCAUCGUUCAUCAUUCGAUAUUCAUCGUUCACUCGUCAUUAUCUGCAUCAGUCAUCAUUUGUUCAUCACAUAUCGUUCACCAUUCUCAAAAAUGCUUUAUCAUUUACAACUACGGAUUUGAAGUCAUUGCCCAUCAUUUACCGUUCACAAUUUACGAUUCAAAUUUUACAUUUUUCACUUACACUUUAUGCUUUAUCUUUCAUCACUAAUCAUUUAUUAAUCAUCCCACAGAAUUCAUCACCCAACAUUUCCCACUUUAUCAUGCUCCAUUCGAUACCCGAAAUUGAUAUCAUAUCAUUCGUUAUUCAUCAUUCCUACUUUAACAUUUCUCCCUUUUCAUGUAUCGUUCAUCAGCCAUCAUUUAUCACUCAUCAUCCAUCAUUCAUCACUCAUUAUUUAUCAUUCAUGAUUUGACGUGCAUAAUUCAUCAUUCGAUAUUCAUAACUCUUCAUAUAUCACUUGUUAUUAAUUAUUCGUCAAUAAUUAUUCAUCAUUCAUCAUUAUUGAUUACAUUUCUUAACAAUCAUCAAUCGCCCAAUAUCACCUCAAAUUUAUUAUGUAUCAUUUAUCACUAAUAUUUUACCAAUCAUCUUUCAAGUUUUUCACUUACAUUUUAGUAUUUGUCGUUCAUCACAAAUUAUUUAUAAUUCAUCACACAGCACCCAUCAUGGAAGAUUUUUUACUUGCCGUAUAUCAUACAUCAUUCAUUACGAAUUAUCAUUGAUCAUUCGUCAUUAGAUAUUCAUACUACAUGACUUGUCUUUCUUUUGGUAUUAAUUGAUUUGAUUAUUCAUACAGCAUUCAUGGCCAAUUAUCAUUUAUAAUUUAUAAUUUAUCAUUUAUCAUUUUUUAUUUAUCAUUUAUCAUUUAUAAUUUAUCAUUUAUCAUUUUUUAUUUUUUAUUUAUCAUUUAUCAUUUAAAUAUCAUUUAUCAUUUAUCAUUUAUCAUUUGUCAUUUAUCAUUCAUCAUUCAUUAUUCAUCGUUCAUCGUUCAUCAUUCAUCAUUCAUCAUUCAUUAUUCAUCACUCAUCAUUCAUUAUUUAUCAUUCAUCAUUCAUCAAUCACCAUUCACCAUUCUGCAUUCAUUAUUCAUUAUUCAUCACUCAUCAUUCAUCAUUCGUCAUACAUAACUCAUCACUCAUCUUUUGUCGUUCAUAAUUAUGCAUCAUUAAUCAUAAAUUAUUAUUUUUCAUUCAGCCUUCAUCAUUCUUCUUUCGUCAUUCAUGGUUAAUCAUACAAGAUUCAUCACCAAUUUUCAUUUACCAUUCAUCAUUGGUCAUAUAUUAUUCAUCAUCAUAGAGCAUGGCUAUUCAUAUGUUAUUUAUCUAGAUAUCUCUUACUAUCUUCUUUAUUGCACAUAGGCCACAACUUUCCGUCACACCAAAACGUAAACUGACGCAAACGCCUUCAAGAUGGUUGAUAGUUUUUAGGGAACGUUUAUGUUUCGUCGCAUUUCAUCCUUUUUUAUUUCGGUUCGUUUAUUUCAUUUCGAGUAAUUUUAUUUCAUUUCACUCCAGUUCAGCUUAUUUCAUUUCAUUUCAUUUCAUUUUAUUUCAUUCCAUUUCAUUUCAUUUCAUUUCAUUUCAUUUCAUUUCGUUUAAUUUCAUUUCAUUUCACUCCAGCUUCAUCUUAUUUUACAUCAUUCAUUAUUCAUUAUUUUCGUUCACCUUCCACACCCUAUUUCAAUUCAUUUCAUUUGGUAUCAUUUAUUUUCAGCCCAGCCCUUUAAUUCAUUUUGUUAAAUUCCAUUUCCGUUCACCUACAACUUUGAAGUUCAUUGAUUUUAGGUUCACUUCACUUUAUUUCAUUCUUUUUUAAUAUAUAUCACUUCAUUAAUCACUUUCAAUAUUAGUAAGGUAAAGGCCUAUUAGGAAAAUACUCUUUUGAUUCUCCUGCGAAACUAUCCGGUUUUGGGAUAAAACCUAUCCUAUGCUUCAUAAGAGCAUCUAAAUGGUUCCAUGAUUAAUACUUAUUGCCGUUUUUUAUGUUACACAGUGGGACCCCAAGGGACCUACAAGGUCCGUUGGAUAUUUAUAAAACCGACUGCCACAAAACCUAAAGAAGAUAGAAAUCCUUACAUUACUUUCUUUCGUUUUGCUUUAUUUUGUAUUUCACUUCAUUUCAAAUUUCAUUUUUCAUUUCUUUUCAUAUCUCAUUUAAUUUCAUUUUUCAUUUCAUUUCAUUUUUCAUGUCUCAUUUUAUUUCAUUUGAUUUUUCAUUUCAUUUCAUAUUCCAUUUUUCAUUUCAUUUCAUUUCAUUUCAUUUCAUUUCAUUUUUCAUUUCAUUUUUCAUUUCAUUUUUCAUUUCAUUUCAUUUUUCCCUUCAUUUAGUAUCAUCUCAAUCCAAAUUAUCUCAUUUCAGUUCAUUUCAUAUCAUUCACCAUUUGCUCCACCACUCCAUUUCGUUUCACUGAGUUUGAUUCCCUUUCAUUCCACUUGAAUUUCAUAUCAUAGCAUUGCAUUUCCCUUCAUAUUAAUUUCAUUUCACAGGACGCAUAGACCAAAUCACCACCUCAUCGCGAAAUGUCACCGCAAGGUAUUGGAUAAAGAAUACGAAGAAAAUGCUGUGAAACUUAAAUUUGUUAUUCAGUUACAUUUUUGUAAAGGAUUUCUAAGAAAAUAUAAUAUGUAUUACGAAAUGAAGAUUUAAAA